AUGGAUAUGUUGACAAUUUUAUUAAAUGCCGUCAACAACGAAAAAAAUACGCCUGGUCAGGAAUACAGCGAGAGAGAAGCAACUAGCUUGGACUAUUUAAUGGCCUGCAGUCCUAAGGUAAGAAUCAUAAACGCAUGCUCAUCAGACGACAAUGAAGAAACACACGAAAACAGCUCACAAGAUGACGAAGAUAGAGCAAUGUCGUGGAAGCGAUUAAGACCAUCUGCUCUCCACACUGCUUGGAAAUCAAUGUACUUUGGAGCCUCGAUCUCACUUCUAACUGCUACCGUCAUAGGUUCACUAUACAUAUUGAUUUCAUUUCUACUGUACAAAACUGUAAACAACUGCGAAUUUUACCCAAAGAAAUCCAUUCCUGUGAAAGUUCAAUGGUUAAGAUCAGUAUCAGAUAUAAUGUGUUGUAACAUCUUGUAUAAUAGUUUUUUGGGGGUAGUCCUAUUUCUCUUUCGACCUUAUCAGAUCAAGGGAAUAAGAAAAAAACUUAUUUUAGCGAGCUGCUGUGGAUUGCUAUUGGAUGCACUUUACCGCGUAUCUUUUCAAGUCCUCGGAAUAUCCCAUUCUAAACUUUCUACGAUACAAAAGCUUCCACUGUACUUUCUCGUUGCCUUAAGUUUUUCUUGGCAAAUACAUCUUGUAACAAAUCAUUUUUUAUCACGACAAUCAACAAGGCAGAGGAUUACGUUUUUCUUUCAAGUGGCAAUUGUUCCUGUAUCUAUUAUCAUUCUUGCAAUUCCGGUGGCCGAGAUCAUCUACCCAACUUUUAAUAAACAAACAAUGAAUGGCAAACUAUUAAUCGCUCUCUUUGCGCCUCUAAUUGGAGUCGUUGUAAAGGUUACCUCACGAAUUUGUGUUCAGCGGCUUCACCGGGAUUACAUUCAUCCGGGAUAUUCAUAUGUCUUACUGGCACCGUUGGUCGGCUCUUCGGCGAUAAUGUUUCGUGUUUUACAAGCAGAUCUCGGCAGUUUACAACCCAUCGCGAUUCUAGGGAUAACUCACGGGUUUGUGGAAGUAAUCGAAAGAAGCGCAAUGGUCUUCAUUGAUCAUAUUUGCCACUCGAUUUGGAAAAGAACAGCCGCUCCUUGGGGAAGUUUUCGCACUCCUCGCCGUGAGAGGCUAAUGGCUGAUAUUACUUUUAUGAGCAUGCUGUUUGAAUCAACUGCUAUAGUUUCCGUCAACGGCUGUUUGUAUAAGUUCAAUUUCCUUCAAAACACCUCUCUAUUAGAAGCGUUGGAGCCUUUUGCUCUAACAACUUGUCUUCAGUUGGUGAUUGAGUGGUUUUUCACCAGCGUAUCCCUCGCGAUCGAGAUUCACCAUCAGAACAUGGCUGUCAUGGCUGUUUGGCGAAGAAGAUGGAAAAGACAUACUUCAGUAGCACUUACAACUUCAGUGCUCAUAGCAUUAUGGACCAGCACACUUCUGUUAAUUAUUGUACAUGGAAGAUUUAACGAGUCUUCGAAUCAACCUUGUAAGAUGCCGUUUACUUAGAACUGAAGAAUGAAGCAUACAAAGCACCAAGUCUUCUCUUGGUUUACGAUUACAAUCGUUUCGAUAUAACUUCAGUAAGAGCAGUCCAGUAACCUACGCAGCCCAAUAUCGAAUCGACUUUGUCGAUGUAUCGAAUCGACUCGUAUCGAAUCAACUUCAAAGAUAAAUCUUGCCCAUAGGUAUCUAAUAUUAAGGUCAAGUUAAGAUAGAACUCUACACUUGACAGGAUUGUGCGUUUAGUUAUAACAGUGCUUUUAUCAAGACAUGCGUGUUGGAAAAACCCGUAUAGGUAAUGACAUAAUUAUAAAGUACUCAAUGUAAUACAGAGUACAAAAUGAAAU